CAGAGUGCAGAGAUGGAGAUAGAGGCGCAGAGAGAGACAGAAACAGAGGCGGAGAAAGAGACGGCGACGGCGACAGGGACUGAGACAGAGAACAAAGGACCAGAAGCCAUUGCCCGUGGCGGAAGAAAGUGGCAGAAUGAAAUGGCGCUGCACAAAACAACAAGCCAAGAGCAGCUGCGAGCUUUAUGUCGUCCCAUUGACGUUAUAAUCAAAAAUCAUAUGACGUUUUUCGUUGGCAUACCAUAUAUCCGAAGACAGCCAAAGUUCUUGAGGCAGAACGGAGGAGGACAGCACAAAGGCACUGGCGUAGCCAAGUCGACAGCCAUCAAUGUAGUGUAUCCACCAAGACAAGGCGCUGACAAAUGUGUGUAAAGGGCGAAAGACAGGCGGCCGGCAGGGAGGAUUCAAUCCAGCUCCUUGAACUUUAUGGCCAGGGUAAAAGCAACAAAAGACAUGGGGCCACAAAAGCAUGUCGAUGGCUGGCUGCACAUCCCUUCCAGCUUUCAUCCGAACACAUCCAUGGCAGACAAACAAACACCCGCAAACGCAAACACACCUCCGUGCAAACAACUCAUCCGAGCGACUUGCAUUCUCCUCCGCCGCUUGACUGACAACGGACAGCGGCAAAACGCAUUAAGGUCUACUUUCUUUUCAAAACCGAAUAUUUAAAGCCCCUUGU